GAAUGUGUGAAUUUGUUGUCGAAAAUUUUAUUAAUUUUUUACUAAUAUAUGUUUAUUUGAAACAUCAAAAUAGAAAAUAAACGAUAAGUAGAAUUAAAUAGAUAAUGAUUGUUUAUGAAAUACAUUGUGAUAAUGUUAGUUACGUUUAAACUCGAGAGUGCAGUUGUUGUUAGGUUAUGUUUCAAAUGUUCGUGUUUUAGAAAAAUGAUAUCUUAAAUGAUAUCGAAAGAUGCAUAUUAUUGUAAAGUGCAUUAAAAAUUAAUUUUCUUUGUUUUCUUACCAUUUCUCGUUGUUAUUUAUGAAACGGGAGCAAAAAAUGUGGCAAUAGUUUACCACGUCACGUCAAUCGUUCUGUUACCGUCCGUCGAAUUUAUUGUGUUGUUGUCUUUCGUAUCUAAGGAAACUGAUGGUACCUGCGUCAUUUGACCAAUAAUCUUUCACGAAACAUGACAUUUUAUUAUGCUGGUUUUAAUACCAGCAUGUUGUUUUCUAACAAUGGAGAUAUUAUCUUUAUAGUAGAUUCAUUUACUAAAGUACCAUUUUCUGGAAUUACCGGUUUUCAAAUAGGCUGGAAUUACUUUCUUAUUUGGAAAGGGAAAGAAUUAUAUAUCUCUCAAAAAUUUGAGGAAAAUAGCGAAGAAGCAGAUUCAAAUUUUCAAUUGAUACAACCACUAGAAAAACCAUUAGAUAGUAUAAAUCAAGCUGCAAUUGGCAAAGAUAAAAUAGUACUUUUAUUUGACGAUAAUGAAAUAUGGCAAUAUAAAAUCUAUGAAAAAACAUGGAAAAAAGUUAUCAAUUUCAUUUGCAAUAGCAAUGAUUCAGAAAAUGAAUAUCCUGUUAAAAUAAUACAAGAAGAGUGCGCUGUUGUUCUUACUAAUUUAGGUCGAGUUUUUAAUAUUCCUACCCUGAUUGAUAUUCCAAAGAGGGUUCGAUUCAUAGAUAUUGCAUGUGGAUUUGAUCAUACUAUCUUGUUAGCAGAGAAUGGUGACCUUUAUUCAAUGGGAAUGGGAACGCGUGGUCAAUUAGGACACAACGAUUUAGAGGACUGCGACAACCCAAAACUCGUUGAAGCUUUAGCUGGGAUCAAAGUAACGCAAAUUUCAGCUGCAGGUUGGCACAGUGCUGUAGUAACAAAUCAAGGUGACCUCUACACUUGGGGAUGGAAUACGAACGGAGAAUUGGGAUUGACUGAUCAAGAGAGCAAAGUAAUUGCUGUCCCCACAUUGAUAGAUUUUACAAAUGAUAAAAACGAGAGCGUAGAAAUAUUUGUGGAAAAAGCUCAAUGUGGAAAUACGUUUACGAUUUGUAUGACGAAUGAUGGAACAUUUUGGGGAUGUGGAUGUAACAAGUAUGGUCAAUUAGGACAAUCUCCGGAGAAGCUUGCAAAUUCGAUGAAGUUUAUCAAACUCGAUACCUCUAUGAUUCCCGGAACUAUUAAAGAUUUCAAGUGUCGUGAAUGGGGUACAAUCCUUAUAACAAAUUGAUAUUGUAAUUUUUAACAAUGGUCAAGUCUGAAAAAAAAAAAGGAAAGAAUAAAAUAUUUUUUAAUCAUU